UGAGAAUUUAAAUAUCUGUGGACAGUUUUUCUGCUAUAACAAUCAUACUGUGAAGCUGCUGCUUAUAUCGCCACGGCAUAACCCACCUUAAGCCUUUUUUAACUAUCGGAACGCAGCUGGUCGUAUGUAGGGGAAGAAGAAUCUAUUUCUGCACAAGUUUGCGACCAUCUUGGUGAGUAUUCUUGAAAUAUCUCGCGAAGUUCCUGUUGGUUUACGGUGCUUAGCAGCUUCUGAUCCCUAAUCUCCAGGACUACCUCGACGAGGGAUAGUACAAAACUUAUGACGUGCGAUCUUUUUGUUUUGUUGUUUAAUUUUCUAGUACAUCCAACAAGGGCGUCAAAGUAUAUAUAGUUAAAUAUCUCAAGCACAAAUGGUUCCUAUUCCUUUUCAGUCAUCAUUCGCCUCACCAGACAAAUACAGAAUAUCAAAAUCAGCAUACCUUCACGAAGGUAUUCCCCUGGAGCCAUCUGCCGAACACUACCGUCGCCAGCGGGAUACCCAAAUGGUUAUUAUCAGGAACGAACCAAGCAAUGAGAUCAUCAAACAUGUGUAGGGACGUGGUCAAGGCAAAUCUAAACGAGGCGCCAAAAUCGAACAAAGAGCAAAAGGAGCGAAGGAAGAAAGGGGAGAGAAGGGAGCUAGAGGCGAGAAAGCCAAACUACGACGUUUUGCCUCGAGCUCCGGCUCCACCACCAGCAGUGGUUGAAGCUUCGCCGGUCAAGGGUCGACUGAAAGCUCGAAUGAAUCGCAGACUUGACCAAAAGCCAGUGGAUGAAGAUUCGUCUAUGCAUAACCCACUGAAAGCUCGAUCGAAUCGCAAAUUUAACCAAACGCUAGUGGAUGAAGAUUCGGCUAUGCGUGAUCGACUGAAAGCUCGACAGAAUCGCAAAUUUGACCAUACGCCAGUGGAUAAAGAUUCGUCUCUGCAUAAUCGACUUGGAGGUCGGAUAAGGCCUGAGGUUGGCCCCGAUUCCAGUUAUCUGCAUACAAGAUAUAAUCCACCUCGGGGUAGUGAUUACCAUAACGUGCAAAUCCCAUGCCCACCACACAUGCUCCCUGGGCCGCAGUUUGACCAGCGUCAGCACUAUCCGGGCAACGGACAUUUACCACCUCAGGGUAAUAAUUACCAGAACGUGCAAACCCCAUUCCUACCACAUAUGCCCCCUGGGCCUCAAUUCGACCAACAUCGGCACUACCUAGACAACGGACAUUUACCACCUCAGGGCAAUGGUUACCCUAACAUGCAAAUCCCAGGCCCACAACAUAUACCCCCUGGACCUCCGUUUGAUCCGCAACACCGAUAUCAUGGCAAUGGACCUCAUCCACCUCAUGGCAGUCAUUACCUUCAUCACUGGUAGUGGCUUUCCUUGAGAGUAGUCGAAGAUCCUAGUCUAUAGAGAUCGCAGAGGUACUACGACCAUGGGUGUAGAACAAGGCGAUUCGCUGAAACCGAGAAGACUAUACGUUUUUCAAUUUUGUUCACAAAUGAGCUACGCUAAGCAUAGCCUAAGCCGGGCACAUGAGAAACGGCUUCAUGUAAUUAUUAAAGAGGUGUGGUGUCGGGUGAGGCGCAACGGGGUUCACCAACAAUUGGGUUUGAGUUUUAGAACUGGAAUUGGACUUUAAUGGGUAUAUAGCUUCACACUCACUUUGAGUAUAUAUGUACCCUACUAGGUAGUUCAGGUAGCGGACAGCGUGCCACGUCCCUAUGCCCUUGCGGAGGCUUGGGUAAGCUACUACGUAGCAUGUGACAAGGGCUCUUAUAGAGGGCUUGGAACUUAGUCAUACUCAUUAAUAAUCUACUAGGGGUCUUUAGGGCCUUAAUCUCUUUCUCUCUCCUAUCCUGGAGUGGGAGAUUC